AUGGAUUAUUAUUUUCCAUUGCUGGGGGACGGCAUUAUGAGGGUUCCGGAAGAAUGGGAGCGCGAAAUGUUUUUCGAAGAUGACGACGAUGAGGACGAUGAAUUCGGAUCACGUCACGCUGAGAUUUUCGGGUUGUUUGAGCCAACGAGAUACCCGGAACCGACGAAGCGUCGUAAAAUUUAUCCACGUGUUAGAAGCCCAAUUAUUACGAGAUCGAUUACACGCAAAAGAGCGGAGGAUUUGGUGGCGGAAAAGUGCACGAUCUGUUUGGAAGACGCUGUCGACGCGUAUGGCUGCAAUUUGUGCAAGCAGCUGAUUGGAUGCAAAUCAUGCGUCAUGAGAUGGAAGGAAACACCGCAGUAUUUUAGCAACCCUCGUGUUGGCACUUGUCCGCUUUGCCGCGCGAUUUGGUCGCCGAGCUCGACGAAGCCGAUGCACAUCAUCAACAAGCAGGCGGAGAAGAAGAAGGAGCCAAAGAAGAAGGCGGCGCCGAAGAAGAAGAAGAAGAAUAACAAGAAACGGAAUGCGUUCUCAUCGGAAAAUGAGGAUGUGACGAGGGAAAACGAUGAAGAAGCCGAUGAAUUGGAUACUGAUGAAUUUUCCGAAGAGUACACAAUUGAAGAAUGCGAUAUAAGUGGUGUGACGGCUGCCGAGAAUUUCAUGCAAUGCAAAGAAUAUCAGCAUUUCGAAACGCGAUUCGAAUUCAAAAUCGAGGGACCACUUUUGAAGAUUCUUGAGCAGGAUCCCGAAUUGCACAAAGAAGCGAUAAGACUUUUGAACAAAUAUGAAGCUGCGUAUAUUGGAUUUGAAACUGAUCGAUUGCGGCAGGAGGAGAAGAAAUCGCCGAUUGAGGAGGUUGUUCAAAAUGUAAAGAAGCAUUUUGCGAAGAAAGAGCCAAAACCACUGCUCUAUGAGCCUCAUACGCCAUGUUUAUUCUGCACGGAACGACCCGAUAUCCCCUUUGGAUGCCUUUCCUGCCAACAGUUGCUUGGAUGUCAAUCGUGCAUUAUGCGAUGGUACUGGAAGGGCGUGUUCACCAGCAACCCAUCAAGCUGUCCUGUAUGCCGUCACACUUGGCAAUUCGGUCCCAACACGACAUCAUACUUGAGAUUGAAUGCGCUUCAAAGAAUCGCCGACGAGGUUAUCGAGAAGAAGGAGUGCGAAAAGAAGAAGAAGAAGUCGCUUCUUGCCAUUUUGAAAUUGUAA